AUGGCGGACGCAGCGGUGCCGGUGUUUUUUGAGCUCAGCUGGUCUAUUUUGAUGACCAUCUGCAUGGGCAAUGUCUUGCUGGGAUGUCUCGUCUGCGGUAUCACCAAUUGGACGCUCCUCGCCGCUGUGCCGAUGUUUUCGUCAGCGGCGGGCGCUAUCGCUAAUGGGUUGUGUUACUACGUCUAUUACCAGAAGCAUCCUGCUAUGAUGCUUGCGAUCGCGUCUGUGUUUGCUGAUAUUUUCUGGUUGCUGCAAGAAGCCGGUCUUCUAUUCUACAGUUACAUCAUCCUGAAACGAGUCCUUCGAGGUACACGAUGGAGGGUCUUCAUGUCAAUUUUCUGGUCAGGCAUCGCCGGUAUCUGCGUCGUUCGCGUCGUCAUCAUCACCUUCCGAGUCAAAUCAAUCCUCGCCGGCAAUGAGGAUCUCUUGACCACCAUCAACCAUAUCCACAUCGCCUACUUCGGUCUCAUCGCGUCGCUCGAAUGCCUCAGCGCAUAUUUCCUCAUCGUCCUCUUUACAUCGGCCAAGACUUCAUCUGCCGAGAUUGCGCGCAGUGGUGGUCUUUUCCAGUACUUGGCCCGAAGCACGGAAAUAAGAGUCGCUCUUCUGGCCUUGCAGGGUACGCUUCGCGCUGUGACGCAUUCAUUCAAGACGGCUGGUCAGACGGCGGAGAAUAUUGCUACCCAACUGGACCGAUUCUUCUACGCCGUCUUCUGCCUGUAUUCCAUGGUGUUAUACAUCGAUCUUCUCUCAUCCAAACUCAAGUUCAAUGGCACACAGGAUUAUCCCUCCUCUCGUGAUCGCUAUGUCCAUCAGAGCAGCCAACCUGGUCGCUUCACGUCAACACAAAAGGAUGACUUUGCCCAAAAUAGAACGGAGCAUGUUGUCGGUGUUGAUGGCGGCACACGCACUCACAAGACCCGCAAUGAUUCUACAGAUCAUAUCAUUGAGGGCGGCUCCUCGCAAGGCGAUGGGUCGAUCAAUCUUGAGGAUAUGGACCUCAAGGGUAAUGUGAUCAAGAAGACGGUUGAGUUCAGAGUCGUGUAG